AUGCGAAAAACACUACAAAAGAGACAUUCUUGGACGGACGAGGACCUGAACAUCCUCUCGUACCUUCGAUACACUUGCCACUGGGGCUUCAAACAAAUCCAAGCGUCAUACUUCCCAACACUUUCUUCCAGCGCACUCCGAGGAGCCUACUGGAACCUGUCUAUUGAGGACCGCAAUCGCCGAGCAUCGAGGACCAUUAUCCCAGUUGCACCUUGCAGCUGUGUGGAAGGCUUCCCAACAGCCGUCGAAACGCAAUCCGCGUCAUUCAGUAUCGAGCAGGGGACAAGUCGCUCUAACUGCCCCGCCUCUGGCACUUUCACUCGGUCAGAAAAUAACCUUGAGACUUUGGCCUUGACCCCACCAAGCCCUGCGGGUGGAUGCGAGCAAUUUAUUUCCAAUAACAGCGUUUCGAGUCGUUACGAACUUCGGCCGAACAGACCCUCAACUUUCCCUCCAAGAAAGCCGCAAUAUCUAGUUGACCGACGUCAUUUCCCACACUUCUUCAGAUCGUAUAAGUACUCUCUCGAUCUACAAGGGCUCUCAGACAACGAUUAUACUCCUCCAUCUCGAACGCCUACGCCAAGUUCAUCAGAUCGAAGUGUUUCUAUUGCCUCAAGCCUUCCUAGUGCCGUGUCAAGCCUUGAACUCUUCGGCUUGGAGGUGCGCUCUCCUCAGUCAUCAAAUAGUGACUCGGUUACCUCUGAUCGGCCGAACGAUAUAUCUGGCUCUGAAUUCUUCGGCUCUGAGGAGCAUCCUCUGCCGACAUGA